AUGCCAGUUCCAACUAACACAAACGCAAACGCUUCUAACCAACCACCUCUAACUUUAACUGUUAUUGGUGCUGCUGGUGGGAUUGGUCAAUCAUUAUCUCUAUUGUUGAAAACUUCCAAUUAUCCAACGACUAGACCUGUCAAUGUGAAUUUAUUUGAUGUCAAUACUACGGGAUUAAAUGGUGUAGCUACUGAUUUAUCACAUAUGAAUACCCAAGCCAAUGUGAAAGCUUGCCAUUCUUUACAAGAUGCCGUUACAGAUGCUGAUCUCAUUGUUAUUGUAGCCGGUGUUCCAAGAAAACCAGGUAUGACAAGAGACGAUUUAUUUAAUAUCAAUGCUGGUAUAAUAAAAAAUAUUGCCACAAAUAUUCGUCAAUAUUCCAGGAAUUUAGAUACAUCGUUGUUUACACUUUUAAUAUCGAACCCAGUAAAUUCUUUACUUCCUGUACUCAAUAAUGUCUUACCCUCUCAUGCUCAUUCAAGAUGUUUAGGGAUAACUAAUUUAGAUUUAAUCAGAGCUUCUGAAUUCCUUUCGGAAUUAUUAGAUACUCAAGAAAAACAGAAUAUUCCAGUUAUUGGUGGACAUUCAGGUAAUACUAUAGUUCCAUGUUUUUCUUAUUCUAAAGAUUAUGCAAAGUUGUCCAAGGAUCAAAUAGAUAGUUUGAUUCACAGAGUUCAAUACGGUGGUGAUGAAGUUGUUCAAGCUAAAAAUGGCCAAGGUUCUGCUACACUAUCCAUGGCAUUUGCCGCCUUUAAAGUCAUUCAAUUGUUAGUCCCAUUAGUCUUAAAGAAAAUAGAUUAUGUAGAGGGUGCUUUCUAUUUGGAAUUACAAAAUGAUAUCUUAGGUUCUGUGAAAUUAAGAAACUUGUUGAACGAGCCAGAAUUGAAUUAUUUUGCUGCACCUUGCAAGAUUAACUACACAGGGACUUAUUUAAUCGAUUAUUCAAUAAUUAAUGGGUUAAACCAAUUUGAAAAAGAUGUUCUAUUACCAAAGGCAAUUGAUGAAUUAAAAGGCAACGCUCAAAAGGGUGAACGCUAUUAA